AUGAAGAAGGGCGCCCCUUUCAAGUGGGACGAAGCAUAUACUAAUGCCUUCGAGAAUAUCAAGUCAUAUUUAAUGAAGCCUCCAGUUCUAGUCAUAUUGAUACUGUACAUUUCAGCACAAGAAAGGUCGGUUGGAGCGUUGUUAGCCCAAGAGAAUAGCAAAGGGAAAGAAAAUUAUCUUUACUACUUGAGCAGAAUGAUGACACCUAAUGAGCUGAAUUACACGCCAAUUGAAAAGUUGUGUUUGGCACUAGUCUUCUCGAUUCAAAAGCUGAAGCACUACUUUCAAGCUCAUAGUGUUAACCUCAUUUCCAGAGCAAAUCCCAUCAAGUUUGUGAUGUCAAAACCAGUCCUCAGUGAUCGACUAGCAAGGUGGUACCUCCAGUUUCAACAAUUUGAAAUUACAUACAUCCCUCAAAAGGCUGUAAAAGGACAGGCAUUGGCAGACUUCCUAGCAGAUCACCCAAUACCUGAUGACUGGGAGCUAACCGAUGAACUUCCCGACGAAGAUGCAAUGGUCAUUGAAAUUCAACCUCCGUGGAAAAUGUACUUUGAUGGUGCUACACAACGUGAUGGAGCUGGUGCUGGUGUGGUGUUUGUUACUCCGCAGGGAGAAGUUCUACCAUACUCCUUUACUUUGACACAACGUUGCUCCAACAAUGUCGCUGAAUAUCAAGCACUAAUACUUGGACUUGAAAUGGCCGUCGACAUGAAGCAGUUGCAGUUUCAAGUCUUUGGUGACUCUCAGUUGGUGAUCAAUCAACUCUUGGGAAGCUACGAAGUCAAGAAGCCUGAAUUACUCCCCUAUCAUGGUUAUGCUCAGAAAUUGAUAGGAUGGCUUGGUGAUGUGACUCUUCAGCAUGUUCCUAGGAGGGAAAAUAAGAAAGCCGAUGCUUUAGUUGCUCUAGCUUCAGCGCUUACUCUGCCAGAUCAAACACAAGUGACUAUCUGUCAAAAAUGGGUAGUACCUCCGUCAAAUGAGGAUGAAGGCGCGGAAAGUGAGCUUGAGCAUCUCGUAGCUGUUUCUGAAGCUGCAAAGGAAGACUGGUGA